GGGAGCGAUGGUCGCAAGAUGGCGGCGCUGAAGGAGGCUCGGAGCUACGGGCUGUCGUGCGGGCGAGUGAGCGACGGCAGCAAGGUGUCCGUGUUCCACGUGAAGCUCACCGACAGUGCCCUGAGGGCCUUCGAGAGCUACCGCGCCAGCCAGGAUUCUGUUUCAUUGAGACCUUCGAUCCGAUUUCAGGGAAGUCAAGGGCACAUCUCCAUCCCCCAGCCUGACUGCCCCACGGAGGCGCGGACAUUCUCCUUCUACCUCUCCAACAUCGGCCGUGACAGCCCCCAGGGCAGCUUCGACUGCAUCCAACAGUACGUCUCCAGCCAUGGGGACGUCCACCUGGACUGCCUGGGCAGCAUCCAGGACAAAAUCACCGUGUGUGCCACCGACGACUCGUACCAGAAGGCACGGCAGAGCCUGGCGCAGGCUGAGGAGGAGACGCGGAGUCGGGGCGCCAUCGUCAUCAAGCCUGGAGGCCGUUACUUGGGCAAGAAGGUUCAGUUUCGGAAACCAGCCCCAGGGGCCGUGGAUGCUGUGCCCUCCCGGAAGCGGGCGACCCCCAUCAACCUGGCAAGCGCCAUCAAGAAGACCAGCACUGGCAGCGUUAGCGGGGGCAGCGGGGUGUCUCAGAGGCCGUUCCGUGACCGGGUGCUGCACCUCCUGGCGCUGAGGCCCUACCGGAAGGCCGAGCUGCUGCUGAGGCUGCAGAAGGACGGCCUGGCGCAGGCGGACAAGGACGCGCUGGACGGCCUCCUCCAGCAGGUGGCCAACGUGAAUGCCAAGGACGGCACGUGCACACUGAAGGACUGUGUGUACAAGGAUGUGCAGAAGGACUGGCCUGGCUACUCGGAGGGGGACCAGCAGUUGCUGAAGCGGAUGCUCAUCCGGAAGCUGUGCCAGCCACAGAGCACAGGCGGCCUCCCUGGGGACCCUGCUGCCAACAGUCCUCCAGGCGAGCAUGGGAGCUCAGCCUCACCCCCUCAGAAACGGCCACAGGCUCCUGAUUUCAUCGACCCUCUGGCCAGCAAGAAACCCAGGAUAUCGCACUUCGCCCAGAGAGCUCAGCCUGCAGUCAAUGGGAAGCUGAGUGCACCUCAAGGCCGCGAGGCCCUGCUGCCUGCCCCAGGGCCCCUGGCCGGUACGGACACCCACCUGCCCCUGCGGCUGGAGCCCCCACGGGCCCAUGACCCCCUGGCUGAUGUCAGCAACGACCUGGACCACAGUGGCCGGGACUGUGAGCGUGGGGAAGUGGCCGCCCCAGCCCCUACCGAGCGCCUCAGCCUGCCCCUGCUGACGGACUGUGCCCAGCCCAGCAGGCCCCACGGCAGCUCCUUGCAUGGCAAGUCCAAGAAGAAAUCAAAGAAGCACAAAGACAAGGAGAGGGCGGCUGAGGACAGGCACCGGGCCCGGCCGCCCGCCCAGAUGCCGGGCCCCCUUGGAGCCCCACCAGUCGCCCCAGGUUUAAACGGGACGUGCAGCAGUUCAAGCGUUCCCACGUCGACCUCGGAGACGCCCGACUACUUGCUAAAAUACGCGACCAUCUCCUCCUCGGAGCAGCGCCAGAGCUACAAGAACGACUUCAAUGCCGAAUAUAGCGAGUACCGAGACCUGCACGCCCGCAUCGAGCAGAUCACGCGGCGCUUCACGCAGCUUGAUGCCCAGCUCCGGCAGCUCUCCCAGGGCUCUGAGGAGUAUGAGACUACUCGUGGGCAGAUUUUACAGGAGUAUCGAAAAAUCAAAAAGACCAACACCAACUACAGCCAGGAGAAGCACCGCUGCGAGUACCUGCACAGCAAGCUGGCCCACAUCAAGAGGCUCAUCGCUGAGUACGACCAGCGGCAGCUGCAGGCCUGGCCUUAGCCCGCGGCUGCAGGGCAGGAGGUCCCGCUCGGCCAGCCAGGCCAGCUCGCGUCACCGGGCUGACCGUUCUGGAUGGCGGGGGAGCUGGGGGCAAGGGGGCGCUAAAGACAAGGGAAGGAGAUUUAUUUAAAACAAUAAACGUGAGGAAGACGCAGUCAUCUGAGCCAGCAACGCCGGCUUUCAGGGGAACCCCUGCAGCCCUGGCGCCCACAGGUCACACAGACCCGGUGGGCGUCCAGCUCCCCCGGGGCCCCACACACCUCCUGAGCAGCCCCCCACCCUGGACGGGCUGCGCAAGAAGCCCGCCUCCUCGCCAGUCGCCCCGCCCAGAGGGGCUUCGGCUUCCUGUCAGUGAAAGACUCCAAGGCCGGCCUGCCUGCCUUUUCUAGUUUUAUACAGAGACAGCCACUUUUAGCUACUGCUUGUGAGACUUGAGUCUAUUUUUAUACGAAAGAGAAAGCAUCUUUUUUCUAAACCUGUGCCUCCCCUCCUUGGACGCGCAGGGUCUAGACGCUGCCCUGUGUCCUUUCUACAGUAUUACCGAUGCUCGGGAAGUUCCGCGUUGUUUCUGCGAGCUCCGGGGCUCCCAGGAGAGACCCGUGGGGGGCGGGUGGGGGGCCUGUCCCACACCGGUCCCUCACACACAGCAUCUCCCUCGGCUAAGGGGGCGGGCAGGGCACGGCGACCCCCGCGGCUCUAUUUGGAAAACUGCAGCUGGCCCGGGAGCAGCUGCUGGGAGCCGCCAGGCCCGCCCUGCUCUUCCAGGCCCUCAGCUGUCGGUCACUGGAGUCCUGUGCUUGUAGCCCGCGCUCUGCAGCAACAGUGUCGGAUUUUAUUUUACUGUCUUCUCAAGUCCCCCCUUCGCUGCUGCUCUUCAUUUCGCACUGUUGAGACCAAGGUGGUCUCCAUGCUGUCGACCUCGCUCCGCCCCUCAGCCCACGUGUGGGUCCUGGGGUCGUCUUUGCAGAGCCACCACGGGGUUUGCACUCAGGGAGGGGCUGGGGGUCGAUGGAGCCAGGGGC